CUCUCUCUUCAUACUCAGUCUAACUCCCAGUUCUCUUUCUCUUUUCUCUUCUCUCUCCUCAUCACAAAUUUCCCCUCUCCCUCUCUCUCUCUCUCUCUCUUAUUCCUAAUAAUUUCCUCCAUUUUCCCCUUCUAUUAUCUUCUGCUGAGAAACACUAUAACAAAAACAACAACUCUAUAAGGAACUCACUUUUGAUUCAUGUUUUUGGAUUUUGGGGUUACCUUUGAGCUAUUUUGGGCUGUUUAUAGCAAAUUUUGAGCUAUUUCUGUUCUUUUAUAUAUAUAUAUAUAUAUAUAUUAUGUAACUUUUUCAAUGUUUAUAUAUGAUCAUUAUCAUUGAUGUCAAUUUCUCUUUAUGGUCUCCUCUCAUUUAAAUUGUUGUUGUUGAUCUUCUUGAUCAUCUCUUUUUUGCCAUGCAGAUUAAAACCCAUUUCUUAGUUUUUCUUCUCUUUUGGAACAAAAAACCCUAAAAUAAUAAGUGGGUUUCUCUUCAAAACCCUAAAAGAUGAAAUCUUUCUCACAUCGGCCAUAACCAAAAGUUUCAAUCUUUUACGAACAUUUUCCUCCCCAUUUUUCAUCUUUCCGAUUAAUUAAACAAUGGAUUUGUUUUCAGAAUCAUCAUCCAAUAAUAGUACUCCCACCACCACCACUACCACUACAACACCACCCACCGCCACCACCACCACUGCUGCCUCUGCCACCACACCAAGCCGGUACGAGAAUCAAAAAAGGAGAGAUUGGAACACUUUUUGUCAAUACCUCCGGAACCACCGGCCACCGUUGGCUCUUCAGAUGUGCAGCGGCGCUCACGUGCUGGAAUUCCUCCGGUACUUAGAUCAGUUCGGUAAGACAAAAGUACACAACCAAACCUGUCCGUUCUUUGGCCUGCCCAACCCCCCUGCCCCCUGUCCGUGCCCGUUGAGACAAGCGUGGGGCAGCUUAGACGCUCUCAUCGGCCGGCUUCGGGCAGCUUACGAAGAGAACGGUGGUCGGGCGGAGGGAAAUCCUUUCGGAGCAAGAGCGGUUCGGUUGUACUUAAGGGAAGUUCGUGAUUUUCAAGCGAAAGCAAGAGGUGUUAGUUAUGAGAAGAAGAGAAAAAGGCCUAAGCAAAAAAUUAAUACUUCUUCAACUACUACUCACGAUCAUCAUCAAGAUUCUACUACUUGAAUUUCUUCUAUAUAUCUAUAUCUAUAUAUAUAUAUAUAUAUUUAUAUAUAAAUAUUUUGUGUAAGAGAAAAGAUUUGAUGCAAUCUCUCUAUUUUUAAUUUUGAAGAUUUAUUGCAAAUGUGGAGAUGGAGAUUUGAACCUUCAACUGGAAUUGAAGGUUUUUUUUUUCUCUUGUGACGAAUCUUGAGUUAUGUUCUUUUGAUAAAUAUUUAUAAUUAUGAUUAGAAGUAUCGGAAGAUGUUAAUUUUUUCUAA